GCAUGAAGUUUUUGUCUUUUUAAAUUUUUAUUUUAUUUUUAUCUUAGUUAGUAGUUGAGCGCGGUGAUGGUGGUGGAGCUUGGGGAGGAGGGUAAGAGGGAAGAGAGGGAGAAGAGUGUGAUGUGUGGAGAAGAGAGGCAAUGGAGUUGCGGCGGAAGAGCUGGCAGUGUGAAUUUGAGGAAAGUGAGUUCCAUCGUUCGGGACAUUGGGGAUCCAUGCCUAUCUCACUCCCCUGUAAAGGCACACAGAGUUCUUAAGCCAGACAAAUGGCAAGCUAUGUUUGAUAGUGAAGGGAAACUGUUUGGAUUCCAGAAGGCACUAAAGCUGAUUGUGCUUGGGGGUGUAGAUCCAUCCAUACGACCUGAAGUCUGGGAGUUUUUACUUGGUUGUUAUGCACUGAGCAGCACUACCGAGUAUCGGAGAAGUUUGAGAGCAGCUAGGAGGGAACAUUAUAGGGACUUGAUUAAACAAUGCCAAGCGAUGCAUUCAAGUGUUGGAACUGGUUCUUUGGCAUAUGUUGUCGGAUCCAAAGUUAUGGAUAUGAGGACUUCUUCUAGAGAUGAUCGGCAACCACAAGCUAAAAUAGGAAGAUUGACUUCUAACAAUAAUAAUAUUGAAGUAGGAAAACAUAGUGAUGGGAGCAUUACUUGUACAGAGGCAGCAAAUGCAAGCCAACAGGAGAGCUCCAAUAAUUGUGUUGAACUAGUUGGUUUGAGAACAAGCACAGAUACUGCAACAUAUAAUUCUUCUGUUCAACAGAACUGCAGUUCCCCAAAUUUUGGAAGAGAAUCGGAUGCAUCACAUUAUGAGAUUGACAGUUGUUUUGAUUUUCCUCCGUUACCUGUCACUAAUCUGUUUGAAAAGAGUGGUAAAGAUGAAUGGUCACACAUUGAGCAUGGAGACAAAUUUUCUGCACAACAUAAAUUAAGUUUUGAAGGUGGCAGAAUGCAUAGUUUUCAAAUAAGCAACAAUGAAGACUUAGUUAUUGAAUCAAAUGGUCAACAACCACUUUCUACCUUGCAUGCUGUGGACUCUGAAAUUGAGAUUGCUUCACUUGAAGAUGAUGAACCAGAAUUUCUGUCCUCCAAUCCAGUUUAUGAAUCGGGGAUGAUUAAUCAACUAAAAAUAUCAGAUGUACCACAGCCAGCAAUUAUAAACACCUCAAUUGCUCAGGGAUGGUCUGCCAAUGAAGACAAGGUAUCGGAGUGGCUUUGGACCUUGCACAGGAUAGUUGUUGAUGUUGUGAGGACAGAUAGCCACCUUGAAUUUUAUGAGGACAGGAGAAAUUUAGCUAGGAUGUCUGAUAUUCUUGCUGUUUAUGCCUGGGUUGAUCCUGCAACAGGGUAUUGUCAAGGUAUGAGUGAUUUGCUGUCGCCUUUUGUCGUUAUCUUUGAGGAUAAUGCAGAUGCAUUUUGGUGUUUUGAGAUGCUUUUAAGGAGAAUGAGAGAAAAUUUUCAAAUGGAAGGGCCAACUAGGGUGAUGAAGCAGUUACGUGCAAUAUGGCAUAUCCUUGAAAUGACAGACAAGGAAAUGUUUGCGCACCUGGCAAAAAUUGGUGCUGAAAGCCUUCAUUUUGCGUUCCGUAUGUUGCUAGUUCUUUUCCGGAGGGAGUUGUCCUUUACAGAGUCUCUUUCAAUGUGGGAGAUGAUGUGGGCAGCUGACUUUGAGGAAUCCUUGGCAUAUGAUUUAAAAGAGAAAUGUCUGAAAGCAUUGGAUGUACAUCUACCCAGAGACUCAAUUCACGAUAUGAGAGAAGAAAGUGCAGAUCCUGGUGAUGGUAGCGUGAAGAGUGGUUCUCAAUCUAAGCACAAUCAAAAUCAUAGCAAAAAUGCCAGCCUGCAGUCCAAUCAUGUGAAUACUGAUCACUCUGUAUCUGAUGUCAAAUUAAAGUCACUAUCAUCUUAUGCCUUUUGUGGUUUGGCGAGGUCUAUUUGGCCAAGUCGUCAUGGAGUUCAAAUGGGCACAAUUUCCUCAAAAAGGAGAGGAAAUGAUGAGUUGUCUAUAUUCUGCGUUGCAGCAAUUCUUGUUUUAAACCGCCAGAAGAUCAUUCGAGAAACCCACUCCUUUGAUGAUAUGAUAAAGAUAUUCAAUGACAACAUGUUGAAGAUCAAUGUAAAAAGAUGCAUAACCACAGCAAUUAAGCUCCGAAAGAAAUAUUUAAACAAGGUUAUCAGGAAAAGGAAGUAUGUUCCAGAGAAAGAGGACUAGGGUAAUAUCAUUUCAAAAAUACAUCCUUGCAGCGAAAGCACUGAAUCGCAGAGCAUCAUUUUAAUGACUCUGCUUUUUCAAAUCGGAGUAUAAUGUUUUUGUUAGGCAUUACUUAUCCACUUUGGAUGGGAAACGUUUUAGUGUAAAGUGCUUUUGCUUUUGGAGGCUGAUCCAGCUGUUGUACCUUUAUAAUCUACUCUUUUUUACAAGCCAGUGUGAAGAUUGAAGGAGGGGAUUUUUCAUCACUCUGGUUGCACCCGGGUCUGAUCAAUUUGCAGUGUUGAAUACUUGCAUAUGUUAUGCGAACAAAUUUUCUUUCUUUAACCUUUUGGUUGAGCUCUUAAAUUUGAAAAAAAAAAAAUCAUACAUGUUUCUGUUAUUG